CCUGCAGCGAGCCCUGGCGGGGCUCUGCCCGGCCGCUGUGCCCGGGGGACCCGUGUCUCCGGCGGCUGGGAUCGGGGCCCCGGGGCUGGACCCGCCCCUGAUGCCCAGGGAGCCUUGGGACCGGGGAAGGGAACUCCCGGGCCCCCCAGCUGAGAAGGGGAGUGGCCGGGUCCUGCCCCUGCCCCUGCCCCGGCGCUGCCCGCGGGCACCAUGAAUCGCUGCCAGCGGCGGUGCCACCGGCAGCUGCGCAGGGGGAUUCGCUUCUUCUACCACUUGGUCACCGGGACCCUCUCGCAAGACAGCGUAGAGGACGAGUUCGAACUCUCCACCGUCUGCCAUCGCCCCGAGGGGCUGGAGCAGCUGCAGGAACAGACCAAGUUCAGCCGGAAGGAGCUGCAGGUCCUGUACCGGGGCUUCAAGAACGAGUGCCCGACUGGCCUCGUUAAUGAAGAGAACUUCAAACAGAUCUACUCCCAGUUCUUCCCGCAGGGAGACUCCGGCACGUACGCCGCUUUCCUCUUCAACGCGUUCGACACCGACCAUGACGGCUCUAUCAGCUUUGAGGACUUCGUGGCCGGUUUGUCCGUGAUUCUCCGAGGCACCAUAGACGACCGGCUCAGCUGGGCCUUCAACCUCUAUGACCUGAACAAAGACGGCUGCAUCACCAAAGAGGAAAUGCUGGACAUCAUGAAAUCCAUCUACGACAUGAUGGGCAAAUACACGUACCCGGCCAUGCGUGAGGAGGCCCCCCGGGAGCAUGUGGAGAACUUUUUCCAGAAGAUGGACCGGAAUAAGGACGGGGUGGUCACAAUCGAGGAGUUCAUCGAGUCGUGUCAGAAGGACGAGAACAUCAUGAGAUCCAUGCAGCUCUUCGACAACGUAAUCUAGCCUCCGCCGGCCCCGCCACCGGGCCAAGCUCCUGCUUCUCUCUCGUCUCUUCCUCUGAGACCCUCCCGU